AUGUAUAGUCGGGCAGUUCUGUUAGGAUUUGUUGGCGCAGAUGAUUACUCAAUUUUGGCUGCAACUGCAGCGGCUGUAGGAUUAACAGUUACCGCUUGUUUGAGCGUGAAUUAUGGUGUCGGAAAACAUGCAUGGGAUUUUUCUAUCCUAAACUUCAUUGGUAUCACCAAGAUAGUCUACAUAUCCCAGGUAUUGUACAUAAUCAGCCUAGGAUUUACCAAAGCUUCUCUCAACCUUCUCCUCCUACGGUUAUCUCCUACGGACAGAAUUAUCAGACUCACGUGGACAAUCUUCACAAUCACUACGGCAGCAACCAUAUCCAUAAUGAUGGCCUCUAUAUUCCAAUGCACGCCCAUUCACUACGGAUGGGAAAGAAUGAACCCGAUGUCGACUGUGAAGGGAACAUGUGUAGGAUAUGUCCCACUGCAGUACUCUAUACAGGGAGUCAAUAUUGUGACGGACUUGGUGUUGUGGUUGCUGCCUUUGAGAUUAAUUAUGCAGGCGCAAUUACCAAAGCGCCAGAAAUGGGGCUUGUAUAUCGUUUUUCUGUUGGGUUGCUUGGCCCCGGUGGCAUCUAUUGCGAGGCUUAUCACACUUGUUCAAAUGCUGGUGUUAAAACCCACUCUGGUUGAUCCAUCAUGGAAGAGUGGUGUCAACAUAAGCGUCUGGUCUAUCGUUGAAGUCAACAUAGCCAUACCUACCAUCCGUCCCCUUCUUAAAAAGCUCGUUCCCACCUUACUUGGUACUAUCGAGAGUGUUCGUAACAGUAAAAAGGACCGCGCUAGUGGAUACCAGAAUUGGGCUACUCGGACAAAGGGAGAUUCAAUUCCUUUAGGAUAA